UACCCCUUAGCCACAGAACGGACAGACGUACUGUGUGCAUAUAAGGCUGUAAAAAGGAGAGAUAAGAGGCUUAAAAUCAUGUGCACUCCCCUCAGAAAAAUCACAACAAUGCUAUAAAAAUCAGAGAAGAACGGAAUUCGAUUACCUCAACAGUCAAUUUGAUUCCGGAAAAGCUUUUUUUUUUUGGAAAACUUUGCAUUCUGGAAAGUAAAAGACAGAGUUUUCUACUCUGUGUAAUCAUGAAUUGAGCACAGAAACGAAACUUGCCAUGAAAGAAAAUGCCUUCCAUAACCAUCUUCUGAUGCGUUUCAAAUACUCGUCAGCAAGUAAUGGCAGUAAGUAAAUGAUACUUUUUGACUGAAUAGGUAAAACUGUACGUAUAGACAGUGCUUUAGAGGGAUAUAUCGUGACCUAUAAGGGCGUGAAAUGAAAUUUAUUUAGAAUAAUUCUUUAAAUUCUUUUAAAAAUUCGUUUGAGGAGUUCAUUAAAAAAAUGAAAAAUCAAUAUCGUUCAAAUCCAACGUACGAGUUCGUUUCAGCGCGGAUUGAGUGUAAACACAGUAGUAAUGAGAGAAAAGUAAAAAGAUGAAAAAAAAAGAGCAUGAACACGUGCUCGGGGGGUAGGAUAAAAGGUUAAUGUAAAAAAAGAUGCGUUGAGUAAUUUGCAUCAACCCCAAAUCGAAAUGAUAGUCAGCUGAGUGCGCGUGCUACGUGCGCGGCCAAAUAUAUAGGAUAUAUAUGCGGGCCAGUCACAAUUUCGCCACUGGAAUGGACAGAGUGCUGAAACGAGUCGGCCUCUCUAAAAGAUCACAACCAGAGGCUGAUGGCCAUGUGACCGCGGAAGAGCAUGUCAAAGUCCGUCGCCGGAGGCGAUCCAAGUCGCGGAGGCGAGUGGUCAAUGUGGACAACCGCAAGAAGUCCCGCGGUAUAUUUAAUAUCGAUUGGGAUGUAGUGAAAGACUGUAAAUCUUGCAAGUCGCGGGCUAUCACCAGGAAGUUCUGUAGCAAGAAGUCCGACAACGAACUCUACAGGUCCAACAGCUUCAAGUUCGAAAGGUUUAUCAGGAACAGCGAAGAUCUAUCACCUAUUAGGCGCAAAGCACUGCUUGAAUGUAGCAGAAGAUUCUCUAAUGAAUUGAUUUCUUUGUGUGAAGACUAUAGUUUGCCUGUAGAUCAUUUGGCGCAGUUAGCAAGGCAGAGGCCCAAUAGCAUAGGGGUUUCCAAUAAUUGUUUCAUAUCUCAGAAUUUUUCCGAGCUAAUCCUUUCUAGUGCCGAAGAAGAACAUGUGGUUGUGUUAGAUACAUAUUCAACUCCACGAGAUUCUCAACAGCAACUAACUCAGGAAGAAAACGAUAACAAAUAUUUUACUAGCCCAGAUAAGGAAUAUUCUCAACCAUAUACCACAGAGGAAUCGUCCAACCCUACUUCUGACGACGACUUCGUUUAUCCCUCUAUAGCCAGACCUAAACCCUUGGACCUUAAUUCCCCGGAUAGUAUUAACGAAGGUGCCAGUUUGCAUGUCGCAUCAGUCCUAGACGUUCCGUCGCCCAAUAAACCAGACCUUUCCACCGCGAAGAGGCACCCAUCGCCAUACUACUACGGGGAUCUUUUCAAGUAUAAAACCACCGAAAGUCCGCACCAGUCUCCGCAAAAUCAACUUUACUCUAGCGUAAAUAAGACCACAGCUCAAAUUAAGCAGCAGCCUGUUAAAGAAGAGAGUUUUAAACGGACCAGGUCCACUAGAAGACAUCGAAAAGGAUACAACGCUGGACAAACGGUUAGGAGUAGACCCACACUAAGACAGAAAAAGUCUCCUUCGGUCGACAGUCACAGCACGUCAUCAAGGGAUGCGUCGAACGACGCGGUCGAGCAGCAGUCUGCGCAGCGACAAUUGUCUUCGGGCGUUUUAAAUGUUCUGUCGUGUCCAGACGAUGGACUAGACGACAUGACACGGCAAAGACAUGUUUACGAGACUGCUUUUGACUGUCGCGUCAGCAAAUCUGACGAUGAUCUCGAUCAGAUCGAGCGCGUGAUAAAUCACCCUGUUUUGAUCCAGUGGGGAGAGAAACCCAGAUCGGAACAAUCCAAAAAUUCUCUUUUAGGAAGCGCUUCGACGUUAAACAAAAGCACCAAGUCAUCAAAGAGUAAAGAAAGUAAAGAUAAACCGAGCCACGCAAAAGACAAUAAUCAAGUACUUAAUCUAUCUCAAGAAUUACAAAAUAUGCAUUUGGCCAACGAUGCUACAACUACUGUAACAUCCUCUGGAGGUUUGCUAAUUAGGGGGUACACUCCUUCCCCACCGUCCACUGCUCCGCUUCCAUCCAAAUUUCCAGGCAAAGAGUUGAUGAUGAACAGUUUACGGAGCGCUCCAAACCUGCCCUCAAACUCCAGAACGAAAGAUUUGAAUUUGCCAGUUAAGUCUUUGAGAGCCAGAAACCCGACCACAAGUAGUGAAUCGUUACAGACUCGUCAGGGCACUGCUUUUGAUAUCGAGUUUGGAAGCAGAUCAAACUCAAACAAACUCAUUUCGGAGUUCAAAGACCGGCCUGGUAAUUCCAGAGAUCGUCCAGGAGAAUUGGAAGGAAUAUUUGAAAUUAAGAGUAGGCCAAAAAAUAAUCUACUGAGUGGAUCAAAAAGAACAAAGGAUGGUGUGAUAAGAAGAAUUAGACAUAAGUAUUCGUCGACGGAAAGUAUGACGACAAGCAGCAGUGGGGGAAGCAUGGAGAGUAUCAAAAGUAGUACUAGCGAAGGUAACAGAAGUACCAGUAGUUCAUCAAGCAGGCAGUCUCCAUCUUUAAGUAGCCACAGUUCUGACUCAGGAAGCACCCGUCCAAUGAAUUAUGCAACUGCUCAGAGCAACUUUCUGACACAGCAACCCAGCAACAAGCUUCACAUUUUAAGCCCCAUUUCCGAUAAAUCUUCCCAGGAACCCAUUUCUGAGACUUCUGAUAAUAACAAGAAUAACAAUUCGCAAAAAUGUUCGCCCGAAACCGAGGCAGUUGCGACGGAAAACAAGACGUCGAAGAAACGGUUUCCUCAGAACAAGAAUCUUCUGAGUUUAAAUUUUCACGAGCGACCCGAAAUCCAGGGAUCAGACAGCGGAAUUUCUAUACAAAGCAGAGAAGGUAUUAACAAGUCGCGUAUAGGUUUUCUAGCGACAGAUCUAUCGGCACCUCCCUCACAGCAAGACUUCUCCGAUCUCCCUUUCGACAUGCCAAAGCUUAGAAGAAGGAGACUACUCCCUGAUGCAGCUUGCACGUCUGGUAGCGCCACAUCAGUGGACCUGAAGGAUUUACCCUUUGACAUGCCAAAGCUUAGAAGAAGAAUGAGACUGCAAGCCGGAAACCUUGAAUAUAGCGUUUCGCAAGCUUCCUCCAGCCAGAGCGUUGUUGAAGUCAACAGAGGUAAAUACUCUAUACCUGAUCAUUGUAGGCCAAAAUUAACAUUAAAUUUGGCAGACAUCGGAAACAGACAAAGGGUAGGAUUAGGUUUAACACUUAGCGGUCUUGGUUUUAAUGUCUGUAACGACGGCGCAUCAACAAGCACUCAGUCUCAUACAAUGAAUUUUAAUAGUUGUGAUAUUAUUGAUACCAGCCAGCCUUUAGAGAAUCAAGGUUGGUUUCAUGGAUCAAUUACUAGGGUUGAAGCAGAAAAUGUUCUUCGAGCUCUGAAAGAAGGAAGCUUCUUGGUUAGGAACAGCGAGUCAAUAAAAAAUGAUUACUCUUUGUCAUUAAAGAGUGCUCGUGGUUUUAUGCAUAUGAGGAUUCAGAAGAACGGCGAGAGUGGUUCUUUUAUUUUGGGCCAGUUCAGCAAGCCAUUCGCUUCGAUUCCAGAGAUGAUUAGGCAUUUCUCCAUAAAUCGGCUCCCUAUUAGAGGUGCUGAACACAUGUGCUUGCUGCAACCCGUCAUAGCACAACUUUUGUGAUAAGUAAACGCGUUUUAAUCGUUAUUUUCGUAAAUAAGAAAUACUGUAAUAAGAAAAACGUAUAAGUUAUGGGAAUGAAGAUAAGUUUCAAAUAUACACAGGGUGUUUCUAGUAAUAAUAAUACUUCUAGUUUCCAUAAAAUUUAUUAUCUUAGGAAACGUAUCUAUAGUUUUUCCUUAAAUUUAAUAUGAAACACUCUGUACAAUAUAACAAUAGUACAAACGAUAUAAAUCAAAUUCUUAACAAAAUCAAAAGCAUAACUCCCGUAUUUUAUGCGUUUUUAGUACAUAAUUAGGCCUCCAAAAGCUGCAAAAACAAUAACACUACAGAAACAAAGAUUUGUAAGCUUUGUUUUUAUUUAUCGUCAGAAAAGUGCCAUACCUUAGGGUUUAAUUUAUUGAUGGUGUUAAUUUAGAAUCCUUGUUAAUAAUUUUCAUUGCUCAUACGUAAGUCCUGUGUUAAAAAGUAUUUUUGUAAUUGUAAUGUCCUUGAGAAGGAACUUCGUGCAAUAAUCUAUAAGUUUACAGUAUUAGUUUGUUGAUAUUUUGUUCUUUGUUACUGUGUUAACGGUUUGAAUUAGUCUUUUAAAACUUAUUGCCAAAGAAUAUGACUGUGAAUAUUUUACAGACUUAUAUAUUAUAUACAUUUCAAAGUUAUAUUAGGAUUUAAAGGCUAGAUUGUAGGUCGGUGUAAUAUUUUAGAAAUACGACGAGCCCACUAUAUUAUCUAUGUCAUUCACCCCUUUGCUGAUCAUUGUAAAUUUUAUAGUAUUUUGAUCAUUUUAACUAUCAAAAUAUAUUCGAUAAUACUUACAAUUUUAUCCAAUAAUAUGGAGUAGUUUAUUAAUUUAUAUCUAAAAUUUUCUUAGUUUUAGAAAUAUGAUGAUUAAUGUGUUGAA